AUGGAGCACGCUUGGCUUGACUCUCUGUCUGAGGACUGGGUUUCCCAGCCCGGUUCUGAUUCAUCCGCUAUCCAACUUCCUCCCCUGAACAACACCCAAGAGACCAAGACCAAACUUAGAGGAACACCGAGUCGAAUACCGCGUAGGACGAUAGCCUCUCGACCCCAAUUAUCACCCGCCCGCGAUUCGAGUUUCAAUAUUCUCAGUGAACGAACCCCGAAUGGUAUCAAUAUCUCGAGCCACCGAAAUAAGCAGCCAUCAGACGAUUUCAAGCUUGCGCGUGGAACGUUCGCCAGUAGAUCUGCAUCAGCUUCCACAAGUGCUUCAGUUGUCCACAACACCAUUCAACACAAAUCGUCACCUGGAAGGCAAGAGGAUACGCCUGAGUGGAAGAGACGCCUGGUGUAUGGCGACGUCGAGUAUGGCGAACAGCGCGACCUAUUUUGCUCAGCUGCGACCGGUCUACAAGAUAUGUUCAAGCCACCAACACCUGGAGGUGACAAUGCCGAUGGCGAGCAACGCCAGGAGUCCUCUGUGAUGCCGUCUAGUCCACCAUCAUAUCCGCAGCGCAUUGUGAGUGACGACCUCAAGCUCGACCUGGACCCAUUGGACGAACUCGAUGAAUUCGACGACCAGGAGGAUCUGUACCCAAACGAUGUCACACCGAGCCCAAGUCCGAGAAGAACACAACGGCAGAUCAAUUAUAAGCUCAAUGUGGAAGAUUCCAUGUUCUCUAGUCUAUGCAGCCCACAGGAUGAAGACACGCCUUCGCGGCCACGGGACCAGAUUUAUCGCGAUCAAAGCUGCUUGAGCGCUCCUUCGGAUGCGAAUGACAGUGCGCGAAAGGUUAGUGGACAAAGCGUGGUUCGCAACGAAGAUUUCAGUCCUAUUCUCAUCGGUAGACAGAGCGACAAGGAUGGCAACAUGGAUUUUGCGCCCAUUGAGCUGCCAGCAGACAAAUUGAAAAACAAACUCGAAGCUUUGCGCAUCAACCAGAUGCUUCUCGAUCCCAACGUUGACCCCCGAACCGGUUUUGAUGGCGUUAGUCCCGGACCCUCUGAUAAUGCCGAGAACACUGAAGACUACGCAACUCGCGGCGGGUUCUUGAAUACUCAACGAGGAGGUCGAUCUGGAGAUGGCUCUUUUCGCUUCAGAGACCUCAGCCCUGGCUUCAAUGUUGACACAAGCGGAAUGCUUGCGGAAGAAUCCCUACAAGCCAGUACUCCCAAACAGUACCCUUCUGUCCGAACAAAUACUACCAACCCUUAUCAGUCGGACUGCUUUAAUAUCAGCCCUACCCUCCCGCGGGCCCCAUUUCCCAGUCCUGACAAGAAACAUGUCUCGUCUGGCCGAAGUGCGCCAUCUGGUGGAAGCCCCUUGAAGCUUUUCGGCCCUUAUGAUACCUUUACCAACCAGACACUUCUCCGACGCAUCAGCCAGUUUGAAGAAGGCUUAUCUGGUACCCAUUCCCAACACUCUCUUGGUCCACAUGACCAGUUCGAUUCUACUGUGCAUGAAAAUUAUGAACCCAUGUCCAGCCCUUCUUUGCCCGUACUAGCCCCUAAUCCCGUCGGUCGCAACUUUUUCACUAGGUUCGGCCAUGGUGACCUUGAAGGUUACGAGUUCAGCGAGGAAAUUUCUUACGCCACCCAAGGAGACGUGACGGCUUAUUCCGACAAGGAAAACGAUGCACCUCAAUCAUCGGUCCCUCAAUCUCCAGCUUUUCAGCAACCGGAACAACCUUCAUCUCCUGACGAGCAUUCAGAACUUCUCGUUAGCAGAAGUCGCAACAAGUCGACGUCAUCAGCUACCAGCAAGCAUCACAAAACAGCAUCCGGGUCCAGUCAAAUUCGUAGCAAAGCGCUGAGCCAAACGAAGGGCGCGCUAGGCAAUGGCAAUGUUCCCAAACGUGACAGUGGCUCAGAGGGUAAGAGACCUCGAACGUCUCCGUCCAAGGACCCAACCCCAAAGCGUAGACGCACGCUCCAUCGAGCUGACAUUGCUUUUGGUCGCGAGUUGCUGGAGGGUGUAGAAGCUGCAAGCCGUGAUAUGCAGUCUGUGAUGGGAAAGAAACGGAAGGAUGCAAGGCCAGGCGAGUACCAACUCGCACACCCUAGCGUUCUUGCGAUGCGAACAAUCCUUCAGCCGCAAAGCCCUACGCAUAGUCGUAAAUCAUCUAUUCGCGGUGACCCGAACAUGACAUUCGAUUCGGAGGUUGACGAUAUCAAUGACCUAUCGACACAUACGCCGUCCCGAGCCUCACAUCAUGGUAUGCUUGAUGAUACAACAGCAGACCACAGCGAAGUUGACCGGAAGCCAUCGAUUAUGACUCAGGAUUUCGUCAAUCAGGCUGCACAGAUUAUGGCGAUGAUCCGAAGUCAAGUUAGACAGCCGGGCUUGUCUAGUGUUGAAGAAUCAGAGGCCGAAAAUGCUACACCUGAAGCUGAUGAUGCCGACGAGUCAUAUCAGGAGUCUACCAAUGAGCCCCUGUCUCGCCCUCCCAGCCGUGAGGGCAAACCAAUGUCCAGGGUGCCUCAGUACCAAGAGGAUCCAGAACUCAUCAACCGGUUGAAAAAGUACCAGGAAAUCAGCGACAUGGGCGACCUUAUCACCUUGUCUAUGCGAUCCAUGGGUCUGGUAAAGGAAGCAAUCCUUGCUGAUAAAGAAAUCGAACGCCAGCUUGAGGGAUCGCAGCGCAGCCAACCAGAUCUGGAUAACGGUGCUGAAGAAGAGGUUAUCAGUGACCCGCCUAAUAUCCGCUUGACAGCAGGUCCUUCCCAUGAUGGUUCAUAUGGAAGCCCAACACGAUCUCACUCAUCAGGAGGCGACACUCACAGGUCUUAUCCCACAACUUCUUCACAUGCUUCCGAGACGAGGCGGACCAUUAUGCCGGAAAGCGUGUCACAUCUCAUUCCUGAUCGAGUGGGUAGCAUGUAUCUUGAUAAGCAGAACAACAUCUGGAUCAAGAGGAAGGAAACUCUUGCUCGUCAGCCUAUGAACAUAUUACCUUCAGACAGCGACGAUGAUCCUUUCGCCAGCAUCCCGGAUCUGUCUGUUGAUUUGACCAGAGAGAUGCAAAAUCUUGUCCUCAACAGCGCGAAGAAGAACAGUGCUCUCCGUGGCACAACCCCACCCACCAGUCCUACAAGAUCGAGUAAGCAUCGAUCUGCAAGAGGAUAUAUGACAUUGUCCCCUAACGGACACUUGAGUCCGGAUAUGGCCAGUCUUGCUCGAGAAGAAUUUGAGAAACUUGAUGCUCGAGUAUUGGAAGACUCGGAACUUUAUCUCGACCAGUCUAUAGAGGAGGAAGGAAGCUUCAACGACGACAGGGCUAGUAGCACACCCUCGAUGAGUGCAAAGAGGCGAAACCUUACCAUCACAUUCUCCUCACCUGUAGCGUCCAUCAUCCAAGAUGUCGUACUAGCAGAGGACUUGGACAACCUGGAGGAUGACCCUGAGCUGCCCAGCAUGCACCAAAACAGUUCACCGCCCAAGAAGUCACCAGGUUGUGCCAGUGUCGCAAAAUCAGCACUUAAGAACAGCGGGCAUGGGUCAAGCCGCCAUCAACACACCAGCUCACGAAGUGGCCCGGCCUUUGUGCCCCGUCCUGUUUCGCGAAUCGACGAGCAAGACGAGGACAGCACCAUCGAGAUGCCUUUCGACGAUCAGCGACAAGUCAGCAUCAUUGGAGAUACCAGCGUCGUCAGUCAUAAAACACCUGACGCCCGCCGAACCAGUCUAAGCUUUGUUGUUAACCACACGCCUGGCAAUAACUUUUUCCAGCCAACUCCAGAUGACAGUGCUUUGAUUGGUCAAAAUGUUGGAAAGCUUUCUCUCAGUCCCUUGUCCGAGUUUACCUUUAAUAAUGCCGAUUCAUCGUUUGGCUUUGAAGUCAGUUAUGUCAUGGGCCGUCGACACGCGGCCACCGGGAAAGGCUCUAAGAAGGUCAUGUCUAUGACAAUACGGGAACUCGUGGACAAACUUAGUGAGGUAGAGCCUUAUGAGCCUUACUGGGAAGACAUUACAGAGCUGGAUCUUCAUGAGAAGCGGCUUGCAAGCCUGCAUAUGCUAGACCAGUUCUGCGGCAAAUUGGUUACACUUGACGCCUCAAAGAACGCGCUGGGGCAUCUGGACGGUGUGCCAUCCAGCGUCCGGCAGCUCAAGGUUUCUCAGAACAUGCUGACUGAGUUGACUUCGUGGGACCAUUUGAUGAACCUUCAGUAUGUGGACAUCUCUGGUAACGAGGUUAAGAGUCUAUCGGCACUCAGAGGUCUAGUGCACUUGAGAAGUAUUCGCGCGGACAACAACAAGCUUACCAGUCUUGAUGGUCUCGACACACAUGAUGGACUCCUUACUCUUCGAGCUCGAGACAACUUGAUCGAGGAAGUUGACUUUGCAAUGGUAAAGAUGGAGCGCCUCACUGAACUUGACUUGGCAGGCAACCAAAUCUCGUCGAUUCGAAACUUGGAGCACGCACCAGCCCUGGGACGUUUGAAGCUUUCCAAGAACAAGCUUAUAAGGUUUACCGUGUCGUCUUGCAACAAGGUGAUCCGACAAUUGGACCUCAGCGACAACCAGCUUGCUCGCUUAGACAUUAGCAAUAUGCCCAACCUGCACACAUUGCACGUUGACCGCAACCGCAUUACUGAGUUGACGGGUUUCAGCCGAGCUCGAAAGUUGGACAGCCUGAGUCUCAGGGAGCAGCGGGCUGAUCAAGCACUCGAUCUUGGUUUCCUCUCUUCGGCUUGCGAGGUCCGGAAGCUCUUCCUUUCUGGAAACUACGUGGGCACUUUCGAGCCUACAGUUGAUUUCCUCAAUUUGCAGCUACUUGAGCUUGCCAACUGUGGAAUCCAGGCGUUGCCAGGCAACUUGGGUCAACUGAUGCCCAACCUUCGAACGUUGAAUCUGAACUUCAACGCAAUUCGAGAUCUAGAACCCCUCCGGUUUAUUCCACGACUCAAGAAGCUUUUGGUCGCUGGCAACAGGCUUGCUGAUUCAACUACAGUGACGGAGCUACUCAUCGAGUUUCCACACCUCAACCAACUUGAUCUCAGAGAUAACCCCGUUACGCUUGGAUUCUACGCGCCUAUGCAGGUGCUGGUACCUACAGAUCGUAAUGGAUAUGUUGACCCAUUCAUGCUGCCUGAUGCAGAUGUCGAGCGGGAUGCACUUUUUUCUAGUCGGUUGGAUGAAAUGACUAAAUUACGACGACGACUACAUCAGAUUGUGUUUGUAGCAAGUUGCAAGAGGCUACGCAUGUUGGACGGGCUCGGCCUUGACCGAGAAACGGUUCUAGCCAAAGACGCCGUGUUUCAGACACUGGUUGCCGAGGGCUUGUUGCCAGAUGAGACGCUCGUUGGCGAGGUUUCGUCGCCAUGCAAAGAGGCAACGGAGGGAAAUGAGACAAUGAGAAGCAGCCGUUGGAAUGCGGAAGAUAGCUUUGCCUAA